AUGGCUCAAGCUUUGGACUUUUGUCUCCGCUGCAACUCUUUAAAGUGCAGAGUAACGUUGAAUGAGAGGGCUGUGGUGACUACUUGCUCCCAUAUCUUCUGCCUUCAAUGUGCUGACAUCCUGGGGCUAUCGCGCCCAACAACAUCUGAACGGCAGUGCCCUGCCUGUAGCGCCAGUUUGGUCAACCCUGACGAUGCAGUUGCCACCGUUCUUACCCCCAGUGAGGACUACAAAACUAGCGUAUUGAGUGGACUUGACCCCCAUACGAUAAUGGAGUGUGCUGGGCGUGCGUUGGCAUUCUGGACAUAUCAGUCCGCCCAGGAAAUCUUCUAUCAAGAAUAUCUCGGCAAGAGUUUGACGGAGAAAUACAGUGCCCUUAACCAACAGAUGGACAAGGUGAUUCACGAUGCAAAUUCUGAAAUAUCAAACCUCCAAAACCGCUUAUCUGAGAUGCAAAUAGGUCAAGAGCAGCUGCAGAAAAAGAAUCACGAGCUAGUGGAUAUCUAUCGGGAAAAGUGCAAGAAGCACGCCCAAGUAACAAAUCUCUACAACCUUUUAAAGAGUAGAGCUAUGAGACCACAGAUUCAGACAGCGGCAUCUGAUUCAGUCACACAGGUUCUCGAGUCCCUGGGAGGAGGGUCAAAAUCAAACUCGAGCACAGAGGACUUGUUUCGCCCAUUGACCUCUCUCGCAACAUCCCCUCGACGGAGUCCCUCCCGGUAUCCCACAACCAAUAUGGGUAUCGAACAACUUCACCGGCAUCAAAGAAGUGGGAGUAGAACAGCUACCAAAAAUGGCGUAGAUUCCGCAGCAAUGCCACCACCAAGCGGUAUACCACCAUCUUUUCGCUCUACAAACAUGCCACCAUCUACGCCUCAGCAUCGGACGAGGCUUCUUGGGGCUCCACGUUCUUCACACAGAGCAGAAUAUCAGGGGCGCCCGCACCAGGAUUACAUAACCAAUAAACAGAGUUUCCCCGUCCCACAGCGAUUUACAUCUGAGGCAGUUGACAACAGAUUUUCUCUCAAUGGCUCCGACAAUUACGAUCUAAAUGCAGGAAUCAAAAUUGGCCGUCCAUCAGAAUCCUCACUCCAACUUUCUGAUCCCCGAUCUGGCAUGUUCGGGACAUGA